ACACACACAGUCACACGCACACACACACAGUCACACGCACUCUCUCUCACACACACACACAUCUGUUCCGAUCUCCAGCAGGCAGGAGACAUAAAGACGGCUCUCAAACCAUGUACAAGUUGAUUUCUCUGACGUUGAUUUCACUGCUGGCUGUUUUCGGGCCGUAUGUGAUCGCAGGAGGACGCUUUGAGCGAACCAUCAGCAGACCUUUCAGAUCUUUGCUGAGGGUCCAUAACGGGAUGAGAUGGGGCUCAUGGGGUCAGAAGGAAAUGUGUCCGACUGGAAUGUAUGCCACAGGCUUUAGUCUUAAGGUGGCAGAUAUGUGGGAAUCUCUGCUGGUUGGUGACAACACGGCGCUCAAUGGGAUUCGUCUUCACUGCAUCAACCCGUCUAAAAGCUCAUCGGGCCCGUACGAGGACUACGCCACAGUUCAGUCCGAUGUAGGAAGCUGGGGAAAAUGGUCAGAUAUCAAAUGGUGCUCGAGUGGAUUUCUGACAUCUUUUGAGCUGAGAGUGGAACCCUACAAAGGGAUCAUGGACGACACGGCCGCAAACAACAUCAGGUUUAACUGCAGUGGAAAUGCGGAAAUGCUGCAGGGAUCUGGGAUGUCGUGGGGCGAAUGGGGCGACUGGAGCGAGACGUGUGGAGGAAAGGGAAUCUGUGGCAUCGAGACGAUGGUGGAGCAGCCGCAGGGAGUCGGAGACGACACGGCCCUCAACGACAUGCGCAUGUACUGCUGUGAUUGAACUGAUUGGUUGUUUCAGAAACAAAUGAUAUGGUGGAAUUUUUUUAAUACAUCAUCAGUAAAUAUGUCUUCAAGUGGCACUUGACUAGUUUUGGGCAGAAUGUAUUGAGCAGAUCUGAGAGAGAUUUUUUUCCUUUUCAUAUUUAAUGGACAACGAAAAUACAACAAUGUCAUCUAAAAUUAAAAGAUCUCGACCAUACCGAAGAAUUUACUUGUAUGAGUAAUGUUUAUGUAAUGUAAUGUUUUCCUUGGGUAUGUUUCAUGACUAGUUGUCAAUUUCUAUAAAGUUACUUCAUGUGAUUCGUUGAAUGGAUAUAAUUAAAAAGG